AGGACGUAUUUGCCACAAGUAAUAUGGCUGCCAUGUCGUAUUCAGCUGAUCGAGUGUUAAGCUGGUUCACCGGUCGGUGAAUUGUUUCCCUAAAAUGCAAUAAAAAAAAACAAAAACAGAAAGGUGUAGUAGGAUCAUGGACAUGGGGAUCUACGUUCAUGGUAGGAUCGUGUUUGUAGGGGUGUAUCGUUAACGAGAACGGGCGGAGGAGGACCUUAUACCUAGAAGAUUUGGGGAAAUAUCAUCUUGCACUCAGCUUUACGCAGUCAUUAGAAGAAUUGGCACCCCUCUCCCAUGCAGUUAGAUUUUUAACGACGAACAUAUUUGGUUUAUUACACAAUAUUUUGAUCUUUGACCUAAACUGUUUGCAAAUGUUUUCCAACCUUUAGACGCCACAUUAUGUUUUCAGAACCCACAUGCAUGGACAGCAUGGUCAACUAUAAAUCGAACGUGAUUAAAUUUUCUUGUUUGAAGCUCCAUGCAAUUAAAAACGCUGGUUGUAUAUGUUAGUUUCGUGACAGAUGCGCAAUCACUUUUGAUUCCCGAAAAUAAAUUAAUUAAUUUAUUAUGUUUACCAGGGAUGUUCAUUAAUGUAUUCCUGAAUGUAUAAAUAGUAUUGGGGAGAUAACAAACGAUACCGGAAAACGAAACUUUAUGCACUGCAUAUGCGGGUUUUCUUUGGUCCCCAGUAAUUUCACUCCCAACUUAUAGCCACUGAAAUCACCAAACAGCACUUUACACGUCCUAGCAGGGAAAGCUGCUUUUUAUCUAUAAUUUUUUAAAACUUUAUUCUGAACAAUACAUCCGUUUUAGCUAACGCAGUUUCCUAUAGCCGUUCCUGACAUUCGCGAUAUUUGAGGAAGAAACUUGCAAAGCAACACAUAUAUAUGUACUCACGCAUAACACACGCGAGAACACACAUGAACGCGAGUGCUUGCACACAGACGCACAUACAACUAGGUUAAUUGCUUAAUGUAUAUACUGUCGAUCGACCCUCGAGGAUGUAACACAAACAGUUCGAUCUCUAUAUAUAGUUGCCGACUGGAAACCACCUUAGACGAAACUGCAAUAAUUAAAUCUCAUGAUACUGGUUUCAGUUAUCACAAGCUUAAUUAAUCGAUUUCCUCAAGCCAGUCGAAGCACAAUAGUGUGACAACCAUUUGCAUCUUUAGCUCGUGGUCACAUUUAGCCGAGUGUAGACUGGCACCGCGCAAAAAAUUUUUUUGAUCAUCGAGAGCUAGCACUGGCCCCGGAGCAGACAACCUUUCCCUGAUCUUCUUGAAAACAGUAGUACAGUCCCUUAGAUCAAGGGGAGUAACUCGCAAAUCCUCCCAUUAUGUUGUGUUUUCAUUAACAAGUGAUGGUCAUGCUUACGUUUCUAAAGUACCAGCCGGAUAAUUACCUGAGUUUUUUUCCUGCAAGAAAAACAUCAAAAUGAGCAGUUUCGAAGGGCGUAUGAAAGAAUAUCGUCUGAUUUCAAUCGACAGAUUCGACAAAGACAACUUGAAUUCAACUGUUUUCUUCUUAUCGCAUUGCCAUCGAGAUCAUAUGGUUGGUUUGAACCACCAACGCUUUUUUAGACAUUUACAAGAGCACAAUGAUGUAUUUCUGUAUUGUUCAGAAGUCACAAAACUUCUCCUUCUGUCAGAAAACACCUACAAGCCUCUGGAAAAGUUUAUUAGAGUGCUGGAGAUUGGAAAGACAACAACAGUGACUAUACCAGAUGCUGUACACUUAGACACAAAGCAGUACAAGUCUUUAAUGGUCACCGCAUUGCCUGCAGGUCACUGUCCUGGCUCUGUCAUGCUCCUGUUCGAGGGACAUGAAGGUACGGCCCUCUAUACUGGUGACUUCAGGUGGGAAAAGAACUAUGCUGUCACCCUUCCAGCCUUGUGUGUAAAUGGCCACAUGAAAGAAAUUGACAGCAUGUAUGUUGAUACUACAUUCUGUAUGCCAGAGGCUUUUUACAUUCCUACACGUGAUGAGUGUCUGUCUGCCACUGCAUCCAUUGUUCUGCCUUGGCUGCAGCAGUCUUCAAAUCACUACGUUCAUAUUUCGUCAAAGACCAGGUAUGGCCAUGAACCACUCCUUGUUCACCUGGCUAAAGAAACAAACACGCAGAUUCACGUAGAGGAAAGCAAGUUUACGAUUUAUGAACAAAUAGCAGAAUUGAAAGGAUUCUUCACAACGAAUCCUUCUGCCAGAAUACAUGCCUGCACUUGGAAGAUCAGGGAAGAUGCCAGGUCAAGUCUUCCAUGUGACUACAGGCCCUUACCCCAAAAAGACAAUAGUAGUGAGGUGACAUCAUCAACAGUACCUUCAGUAUUAGUAGUGAGACCUUCCACUAUGUGGUUCACUGCGGAGCCUAAACGGCUGCAGGAAUUGGUGGCAUCACCAAAUUCUACAGGCGGCAUGCAUCGUGUGUGCUAUUCGUUCCACUCAUCUUACAGUGAAGUGCGAGAUCUAGUCAGCCUUUUACAGCCACGUCAGGUUUUUCCUAAUGUUCUUCCAGCUUCUGAUUCUACCUUUAAACAGGUUACCAAUCGUCUCCAAAGCUUUCUUACCUAUGCCCACAAGCAGCACUUGCACUUGACAGAAGAGAUGACAACCCCCCAACCCCUAGGUCUGCUCAAAAGGAAACGGAAAACCUCUUCUACUUGCCACAGCAGUGACUUAGAUGGUUUGGUAUUUAGCAGCCAAGAAAAGACAGACGUUUUUAAAACACAUGUUGUGGCAAGUGAAAAAAAUGCAGCAUUCUCAUCCCAAGAUGACAAUAAAAUGGCUGUUGAAGCCAUUGACAAAAGCUCGCAGAGUGACCUGCAAAGUUCUUAUCAAGGUUCGUCGUGUCCUGACAGAGAUAUUGAUCUGUUUGACAGCAGUGACCAUUCAAUAAAUACCGAUGAAAAGCAGCAGGACCCACCAUUCAUUGAUGAGAAUCCAAAGAAAGGAGAAUUUACUAGUCCAGAGGAAUUUGUUUUGACAAGAUCCUAUGUCAGUGGGGAUGAGGAUGUUCCGGAGGAAGAUCGACUUUCAUCUCCACAGUUUCUGCACCACUUAUCGCAGGAUGAUGUUGUAGGGGGCAAGAUUACAGGACCCAGUCCAGAACCAACUCGUGCAAGUUUAGAUGAAAAACAUCCGAUGCAAGGGUGGAUCAAUGGCUGCUGCAAAAAACAGAAGCUACAAGAUUUCAUUGAGACUUCUGGACAAGACUGGAAGGGGAAUAUGCCCUCUUUUGAAGCUACUAAAGGUUUGCAAAGAGAUUGCUCUUUUAAGGAUGGCUCUGGAGAUGUCGUUAAAGGCCAAGUACAGAUGGCCAGUGGCAGUGACCUAAAAAACAGAAACAGUGGCUGUUUAGCUCUUUCUAAAUCUGCUGAGUGUCAGAGCCUACCAAAACCAGUCUCAAAAGGGGUCUCUGACAAAUUUCACAGUAGGAGUUGCCAAGACUUUCCUGAAACAGUUCAGGAUGACAAAACAAGUGCAAUUGAAUGGAUGAAUGGCCAAAACAUCAGACCAGUGUUGAUCUCUAAAGAAGUGUCUGAUAAAGAAAGUGAAUUGGUGCCUUGCAACACCAAAGCACACCACAGGAGGAGCAAGAAUGGUCCACCUUAUACCACAGCCACUGAAAAUACCCUAGCCACAACUGUAGACAGUUUACAAAGUUCUAGCAAAGUUGCUUCCGUGAGCUCAAAUUCACAAAACAUGGAGUCUAAAAGGUUGGGAAAAUACCCUGGCAGCAAUAUUUUGAAAGAGAGGUUAGAAGGGCACCUUUUUGGAGGAAAAGAUUCAGACAGAGAUAUUCCAAACAGUUGCAUGAAAGCUGGAAGAUGCAGUGUUGAGAAAAGUGCAUUAGGAAAGCCAUCACAGCACUUGGAUAUUGUUAGUUCAUCCAGUUCACCAUGCGAGGUAAAUGACCCAGAGAAAUCUCAGAGCCCAGUUAUUUUUCCAUUGUCUCUGCGCACCCAUACAGCUGGAAAAAUGGUGAAGAAAAAGGUCUUGGGUUCAGAGGUUAUUAAUUUAGAUGAAUCUCUUCAUGAUGCUGAUGUUGAAGACAAUGUUGAUGAAGAACUGCCAAAAUCAAAGACUGCACCAGGCGUUUCAGUGCAAGAUGAUGACAUUCACGAAGUGAUUGUUAUCGAUGAUCACAGCUGUUCUCUCGAUGGGUGCAUCAAGCACAUACCAAGAUGUCGAUGUUCCAAGGGAAAUUUCACUAAAGCAAGACAUUUUCCUAGCAACUGUUUUACACCCCAUCAAUCUUGUGUCCAGAGCACUGGUGGUACCUCAAAACAAGGACAGAAUGAGAACCGCUUAAACAGUCCUCCACAGACGAAGCAAUCUCAAACAUCACAAUCAAAGCAGAGUGGUAAUAGUGGGCCUGUGCAGCGGGGACAAAGUUCUAUUCAGGUCGACAGUGCCAGUGACAGUGAAGCCACUUUACCACCGCAAAGUCCUAUUGCCAUCAUAGAUUCAGACUCAAACAGUGAUCUUGCUGCUGCAAUCACCUGUAAUCAGUGUUCAUCCCAGCAUGGCAGAACUGUUCAAAUGCUUAGUAAAAAUGUCCCCACAAAGUCACAGCAGCACUAUUUCAUUGAUCUUACUGCAGACGAUGGCUUCUUUGAUUGAUAGAAUUGUGUUGGAGGUUUGGGAGGAGAGGAGGGUAGAAGUGUGCAUGGAGCUGGGUAUGCGUUUGUACUUGCAUGUUUUCAUGUAUAUAUACAUACUCAUGUAGCUCUGCACAGGUCCUGCAAGGUAUUUACCUUGUAUUUUGUUUCCGAAAUAUUAAGUCAUUGUGGAAGAAAAGCAUAUUGAACUUUGUGUAAAAAGUGAUGCAGUAUAAAAGAAAAGGGUUAUACAGCAAACUUGUUAUGCAUACUAAUGAAAUCCGACGCAAACUGCAGCUUUAUUUUGACCAUUUCAAUCUCCUUAAGAACUAGUCAAAAAUAAAGCUUCAGUUUGUGUUGGAUUUCAAGCUCCCCAAAGUAUAGGGCUUGUUUAUGUAUUUAAGAACAUCUGUGUUCAGGUUAAUGAGAUGCAUUCUUGUAUAAAUUAUUGUCCUGCUUUGUAUAGUCUGUUUAUACUUUGAUAAUAAAUAUAUAUUACAGAUGUUUUUAUAUUGUGCCAAGAUAAUUAACUGGAAAUUUACCCUGACAGAUUUGGGAAAUAUCAUUAGCCCUUAUUUAUUAUGUGCUGGGUGCACUCACCUUCAUCUUUGCCUUUUGGUGUAAUCAUUUAAGAUGUUGAGUCAGCACAUUUUCAGUAUGAUCACUUUUCAUCUUUAGCCAUUGUAAUCGAUUUAUGCAACCUCAGCAAAUAGACUUGUGUUCAGAUCAAGCAUAUUUUGUAUACACAACCUUUGGUUUCUUUUUCGUGCUUCAAUUGUACAAUUUUCCUCCAAGGUCAAGGUGCAAUAUUUUAGCAGAUAACCUUUCUAGAUUUUUAAAACUCCUUAACACUUUGGGAUACUUUAUUUAAGACCAGACCAGUUUUAAUAAUGUUGCAAAUGCAAAUUUGUAUAUUUGAUCAAUGAAUUUAACUGUUAAUUUUGUAAGAACUAUAUAAUUAUUGUAAAUUAAUUUUACUUAUUUAAAAAAAUAAUGGGUUUCUAUCAAAAGUUAAAAUUUGCAACUUGUAAACCCACCCAAUUUCAUCUGAUUUGAGUGUUUUUAUGCUGUAAUAAAAUAUUAAAAUUUACAGUGACUUCUAUAUUUGACCAUCUGCAAUAUCUGGCAUUAAAAUUAAAAUGAACAUAUUGUACAACGAUACAUAUUGAAAAUAUUUUUAAUAAAUCAAGCAAUCAGUUUCUAAUCAAAAUUAUGGAAGCUAUGUUUGGGACCAAAAUAAAUUACAAUUUAACCCUUAACAUGCCAAAUUACCUUUGUUGUCAGCAUUGUUUACCAAGCUGGGGUCCUUGGAGGACCUCACUUUUUUAAAAACACUUCUCAGCUGUUAGUUGCAACAGAUUAUUCAAAUUAGGUUUGGAGAGUUUCUGAAACAAUAUUUCAGCGAUACAAGCAUUUUUAGUGUCAAAUAUUUUGAUUAUUUCAACAGCAGUUAGACAAUAAAAUUCAUGUUUUCUUCUCAUAAGUAACUACAUUUUUACAUUAGAUUAGUUGUUAUAGUUAAAGCAGGAUCACUAAAAGUCACCCUCAGUGGUCCUCCGAGGACCUCCCUUGGUAUGUUAAGGGUCAAGAGCCACGAAAUUUGCAAUUUUGCUCCAUCAGAGGCAUGGAUUUUGUGUGCAUGUCUUACAUGAUAUUAAAUAUUUGAUCAUUCAGUAUUUUAAUAAAUUCAAUCUUAUCAAACAUA